CUUCUUCUGCUUUACAUCUCAACAGAAGCCUCCAUUGAGACGGCUUCACUUGAUUUACUGACACGUGGCAGUGGUCAGUAUGAUUCGGUAACCUAGCGACAUCUCCGCACCAUGGACGUCGCGUCCGCUGUCCAGAACUACAUCUCGAAAAUCGCAGGGCCCGGCGAAGGCGCUGCAGCUACUCAGUCGCAAAAGCUCAAGAUUCUACUCCUCGACAGAGACACUGUUUCAAUAGUUUCGACCGCGAUUACCCAGUCAGCUCUCCUCAAACAUGAAGUCUUCCUCAUUGACCGACUCGACAAUGCUGCUCGAGAACGUAUGCGGCACCUCCGCUGCCUCUGCUUCGUCCGACCUUCACCAGACUCGAUACAAUUGCUUAUAGACGAACUACGAGACCCCAAGUACGGAGAGUACAAUAUCUACUUCAGUAAUAUCAUAAAAAAGUCAUCCUUGGAGAGGUUGGCGGAGUCAGAUGAUCAUGAAGUGGUCAAAGCAGUACAAGAAUACUUUGCCGACUAUAUCGUGGUCAAUCCCGACCUCAUGUCUCUAAACCUGGGAUUUCCCACACAGAGACUAUGGAGCCACAGCCCGGAUAUUUGGAACACCGACGCCUUGCAAAGGACCACGGAAGGGGUCAUCGCGUUGUUGCUGUCUUUGAAAAAGAACCCUCUGAUACGAUAUGAGAAGAACAGCCUGAUGGCCAAAAAGUUGGCGACAGAGAUACGGUACCAGAUCACCCAGGAAGAGCAAUUAUUCGACUUCCGGAAGACUGAUACCCCACCAAUAUUACUGAUCCUCGACCGAAGAGACGACCCAAUUACCCCUUUGCUGACGCAAUGGACGUACCAAGCCCAAGUCCAUGAACUGCUAGGCAUCAACAAUGGCAGGGUAGAUCUCAGCCAUCUCCCCGACAUCCGCCCAGAAUUGAGAGAAAUCGUCCUCUCACAGGACCAAGACCCGUUCUUCAAGAAGAACAUGUACCAGAACUUUGGCGAUCUCGGCGGGAAUAUCAAAGAAUACGUCGACCAAUAUCAAACCCGGACAAAAUCUACCGCGCAGAUCGAAUCAAUAGCAGACAUGAAGCGGUUCGUCGAAGACUACCCUGAAUUCCGCAAGCUGUCGGGCAAUGUGUCCAAGCACGUCACACUAGUCAGUGAACUGAGUCGCCGGGUGUCGGCUGAUCUCCUACUCGAUGUAUCAGAACUCGAGCAGAGCUUGGUCUGCAACGACAACCACUCCACGGAUCUGAAGUCUCUUCAACAACAUAUCCAGAACCCCCAAAUACCAGCCGACAAUAAGAUUCGACUGGUCGCAUUAUAUGCGAUUCGCUACGAACGAAACCCGAACAAUGCCCUUCCCGUGCUCCUCGACCUGCUCACCACUGUCGCCGACAUUGCUCCGUACAAACUCUCAAUCAUCCCAAAGCUUCUAGCCUAUCACCAUAGUCUGCAGCCAGCUCCGGUAGCAGGCGGAUUCACCAAUCUUUUCGAAUCUGCAUCAUCGCCGUUCAACCAGUUCCGACGCAAUCUCAAUCUCAAGGGCGUCGAGAAUGUGUAUACACAGCACUCACCCCGACUCGAGAACACGUUGCAAAAUCUCAUCCAAGGACGCCUGAAGGAGCUGCAGUAUCCGUUUCUCGAAGGCCACACGCGCGAUAAGCCCCAAGACAUUGUUGUUUUUAUGAUUGGCGGCGUGACUUACGAAGAAGCAAAGAUGGUUGCCCAAGUGAAUGCCUCUGUGCCUGGUGUGAGAGUUGUCUUGGGCGGGACGAGCGUACACAAUUCAACCACUUUCCUUGAAGAGGUUGAUGAUGCGGUGGGGAGUUGGCCAGACCAGGCCCCACCUACGGCUCAGGGGAGGUUAGGGAGAGCCGUGGGGAGAUGAGCAUGUCGUCCAAGUACGAACGACACGAGGCUUUUACUACUUUCACCAUGAGACCGGCCUAUUCAGGCUCGCAUUGGCCGAUAUGUAGGAACGGCGCGUAUUCUACGGCUGUGCGUAUACUCGGCCCUUCAUCAAGGCUGAAACCAUAAGAACUCAGAACGAAUUUAAUGAACGAUCGAUGAAUAACGAGAGUGUAAUACAAUGUUUCCAUCUUCUCUACGAAGUUGCCUUGUUUCCUCCAACAACAUGAUAAUGUACAGUUGACGACCGAGCCUCUGCCUCUAGCGCUCGCCACGAAAGAAAGGGCGUCAUGUUAUUUCUGUUCAGACCGCCGGGCCUUCUCCCUUUGCGCCAUCUGUUCCUCGAUCUCUCCGCUUGACAGAAUCUUCACAGCAGACUUGUUGCCCACAUAACUCAGCCCACUCCACACCGUCGUCCCGGCUACGAGGUACAUCCAUCCUUCGAACACGCCUGUCAGAUUGUACGCGUGCACCAGACUUUCAGGCAGGACGGGCAAUAUCAUCGCGUUCCCAAUCAAGAGCAGCU